AUGAUCAUAUUCCUGGCACUUCUGGCGCUUUUCGUCGCGACUGUUGAUGGCGGUCUACUCGAAAAAUACGCCAACGCGUCCGGAAACGUAUAUCACGGUAGGUACACCCGAGACAUUCACGGGCCGGAGCUCUUGGUACCGAGGCGAGUGCUCGCAGAUGGCACCUUUAGCACGUAUUCCCUGCCGAAUUUCUAUAACCGUCGUGAGAUCAGCGAGCGCGGCAAGCGAUCCCUCGGGUCGGCCGAUAAAUUGCAUCUGGUGCUACCCUUUAACGGGAUCGAUCACCACGUGGAGCUCAGCCCGUACCAUGAAUUCAUCUCGCCUGACAUGGUGGUGGAGACGCGAGGCGCCGGGAUCGGCUCUAAUCUCAAUGAGGGUCUGAGAUUCAGGAAGGCGUCCGAUCGGCAGUGUCACUAUCGCGGUACCAUUCGGGGCCACGUCAAUUCCAGGGCGGCUCUGUCUCUGUGCGACGGUGUGGUUAGUGUAGCAUAUCGUUUAAAUAUUUUUUUACGGUGUUGUACGUUGUAUGACGAGAAAGAAAUAACGUUUACGAUACAUUUGACAUACGUGAUUUCACACGUUAAUCGUAACGCUGAUCUUUACCGCGCGCGAUCGAAAUCUCGCAACGUAACGAUUUUACGUCAGCCAACUGAUAUGUCACGCCGUAAAUAUGAAUGUCGAUAUUUUAUUUUACAUUAUUAUCGGCAACGUGACACACACCUCUCUCGCGCGCAGGCUGGCUACGUGCAAACUAAUCACGGACGGUACUUCAUCGAGCCAGUGUAUCAGGCGGAACCCGAGCCCGAUGGCCAACACGUUCACGUGGCUUACAAACGAGACGCGCCGCACGAGAAGAAAGGGCAAACCGAUACCGUGUCGAAGAGAUACUGCGGAACCAGCGGUUGGUACCUUCUCGGAUAUUUCAGCUGUAUUCCUAUCUCGCUUAUAUGCCCCCUCUCCUUCCUAAAAGCAAUUUUGAACGAAGCUAGGCAUUGCCAGGCCAUAUCCCAAAUAAUGGCGCGUAGUUUGUGGAAGCUCAUUCCCGCUUUAACAGACAACUGGGAGUCAGCGUGGGCGGAGCAGUUGGCUAAAAGGCAGAUGCAGCUAAUGGAAAAUAAUUCUCUUGGUGCGAAGCGUGAUACCGUGGUAUCUUCGGGAACGCACAGUAUACACCGUUACAUUGAAAUUGGAUUAAUUGCCGAUCGGAGAUUUCUCGACUUCCACAAUAAUACAGAUUACGAGCGGUACCUCUUGACAGUCAUGAACAUGGUGUCGGAUUUUUAUCACGACAGCUCCGUGGGGAAUCAAAUAGACGUCGUUUUAGUACGCAUGAUAUAUUUGGAAAAAGAAAAAGAAGAGAUAGAUUUGCUCAUCAGUCCAGCUGCCGAGGAUACAUUAGAGAGUUUCGCGAAGUGGGCAGAAAAGAUGAAUCCAAAAGAUGACACGCAUCCUAAUCAUUAUGAUAUCGCGGUGUUAGUUACUAGGUAUGAUAUUUGCUCGGAGGGAACCAAUUGCGACCUAAUGGGUUUGGCUCAUGUUGCUGCGGCCUGCGAUUCAGCGAAGGCUGCCUGCAUUAAUGAAGACAACGGACUUCUGCUCGGCGUCGUGAUUGCCCACGAAGUUGGUCACGUAAUGGGUUGCUCUCAUGACGAGCCGGAAAUCAGCGGAUGUCCAUCGCAGGACACGGACGAUAGCUACUUUAUUAUGUCCCCUAUCGUCUUCCUAUAUACUAUCAGAUGGUCGAGCUGCAGCAGGAGAUUUAUAACAGCUUUUCUCGAGAGUGGGCUGGGCGAUUGUUUGAAUGAUAAUCCGAGAAAUCCGCCAGAGAAACUGAAAUAUCCCAACAUGUUGCCGGGUGCGAUGUACGACGCUGCCUUUCAAUGUGACAUGCAGUUUCCUGGAUCGAAAGUGUGCUCGCAACCUCAAGUAAACGGCUGCGAAAACCUGUGGUGCUUGACCAACACGAGCUGCUACUCCCUGGGGACGCCGAAGGCUGACGGUACGAAGUGCGGUGAGAACAAGUGGUGCAUUCACAAGAAGUGCGUGGACAUAGGCGCUCGACCGGCCGCGGUGCACGGCGGAUGGGGCGAAUGGGGUCCCGUAGGACCCUGCAGCAGGACCUGCGGCGGCGGCCUCAAGUACUCCGAGAGGGAAUGCGACCGCCCGGUACCGGCGAACAGCGGCAGAUACUGCCUCGGCGAGAGAAGAAGACUCUUCAUUUGCAAUACCGUGGUAAUUUGCGUCUAUCUUCCCUCCGGCUCCUCUUCUCGCGCGCGACUUUCCGCAUAUAUUGCGCAGCCCUGCGACCCGACGAAACCGCCGUACCGUGCGGUACAGUGCUCGGAACACGACAACGAGGAGAUCCUGACGGACGGGCUUCAUCAAUGGAAGCCAUACAUGGACCCGAAAUUAGAACCUUGCGCGCUUUACUGCAUCAAUGAGAAGCAUACCUACGUGAAGAUCUCACCGACGGCGAACGAUUCGACGCCCUGCAAGGCCGGCACCAACUACAUGUGCAUCUCCGGAACUUGCAGGAAAGUUGGCUGCGAUUGGGUGAUAGAUUCGGACGCAAUCGAGGAUAAGUGCGGCAUAUGUAAAGGCGACGGGACCAAGUGUAGUUUGGUAGAGGGCAAGUUUACUGAAACAGUGUCGCAAAAUGGUAAAAAUUUAGUAGAUUGUGCUUACGGCCUGUCAGAUAAAAUCGCGCAGUUUCUUGUCAUGGAUACAUUGUUCCUCUCUCUCUCUCUCUCUUUCUCUUCAUACCGCGAGUUUAAGAGCGGGGAUUACGAGUGUGCUGGAACGAUGAUUAUCUACACGCAUCCGGAACCGGACAAGGAAGUAGUGUAUAUGAAAGGCCCGCUAUCCGAAGAUAUCGAGAUACAAGUAAGCCGUGUUCAUUUCCCGAUGAUUAUCACGAUCUCUUUAUACGUGUUCUUCAAUCCCCAAGACAACCCUGGAAUAGAUUAUAAAUACUACGUGAGAUCGACGAACGUAUCGUACGCGCCCAGGUAUAUGUGGGACUUCGUCGAGUGGUCAGAAUGCAACGCUAAGUGCGAUGGUGGCACGAUGGUAAUUUAUGUGACAACGUUAUACGCGCACGCGGGUAUAUCCGAGGCGUCCUGCAUCGAGGAACAGGGCGGACGAGUGUCACCUAACUUCUGCGACGGCAUUCCACGUCCGGAAGCAAAGAGCCGCAUCUGCAAUCAGGCCCCUUGUCCUGCGAAUGUCCGUCGCGCGUGCAGAUGGAGAGUGAGUCAAUGGAGCAAAUGCAGUGCCUGCGAUGGGAAGAAGGGUAUGAUGCACCGCAAGAUUCAAUGCGUACGGCCAGGUGCCAGACCCGGGGAAGACGACGUGCAAGCGAAUCUAGACGCGUGCAAAGGUCGCGUACCAAAACAGAAACAGGAGUGUAUAGGUACAAUCGUGGCCUUUCUCUAAUGCAACUUAAAUAAAAAUUCAAAACUUGCCAUAAUUCUGUCGAGAAAACGCUCUGCGUUCGCAUUAGGUACCAGACCCUGCAGAAAGUUGUGUUCUAAGAAAAGACGACGGUCCGACGAGCAAGGGCUCACGAAUGCGAAAGAAAGAGCGAGUUUAUCGCCAGACGAUCAACGGAGAAUGAUCUACAGAUUCGUCGAUCUCGCUCUAGUCCGUCACUCGGAUAAGACUCGCGACAAGUUGCGCGAUGACGACUCGAAGCUCGAAGGGACGAGCGCCGCCCGAGACUUCCGACGGGUCCUUUACGACUGGGCGAUGACAAACGAGAACAAGCGUAAGCGCACCUGCGACGCGGAGGAGAGAUUCACUACGCUGAAGCCGGGAUCCAUCAUCAAGGAUGCGAUACCUAUCGAGAACAUUGUACUGAUGCAGGCACCUUAUAUGGACGAGUCUCUUCAGUCUAAUCUGUCGGACAAGGCGUUCCAGGAAGCCGGCGAUGUCGUCGGUGUGGGCAUCGACACGAGCCGGGAGAAGGUGUACAAGGGCGCCCAGGCGAUUAAACUUAUCCAGCAGUUAACUCAUCGCAAUCUGACGGCGAGUCCGCGUGCCGUCUCCAUUGCCCAGAGCGAAGCUAUCAAUCCAUCUCAGUCCAUCGAUACCGCGGAAAAAAGGCGUUGAGCGAGUAAAAAAAUUAAAU